ACGUAACUCCUGCGCGAAAUAUGAAGAAACACGGAAAUAGAGUCGCGGCUGUUUAGCUCUCGGUUGUUUAGUGCUGGGUUGUUUUGAGUCGUGUGUUGGUGUCUGGUUCGGGUGUGGAGUGAUGGAGUAUGGUCAGGAGCGCGUGGUGGCGCUGGUGGACAUGGACUGUUUUUAUGUGCAGGUGGAGCAGAGGCUGAACUCUGCCCUGUCCAACAAACCCUGCGUGGUGGCGCAGUACAAGACGUGGAAGGGAGGAGGAAUCAUUGCUGUAAGUUACGAGGCCAGAGCUUAUGGCGUCAAGAGGAACAUGUGGGUGGACGACGCAAAGAAACUGUGCCCAAAUCUGGAGGUGGCCCGGGUUCGAGAGUCUCACGGCAAAGCAGACCUAACACAUUACAGAGAGGCAAGUGUGGAAGUGAUUGAGGUGAUGUCCCGCUUUGCUGUCAUCGAGCGGGCCAGUAUUGAUGAAGCCUACAUGGAUCUAACUUCUGCGGUCCAACAGCGAUUAAAGGACAUGACUUACCAGCAGAUAGACCCCCAUCUCCUGAAGACCACCUAUGUCCAGGGUUACCCACAAAAUGCAUCAGAUGAACCAGAAUCAGCUCAGGGAUUAGAUAAAGAAGAUGAGAGGUCCAGAGGUCUAGUGCAGUGGCUCUCUUCUUUUCCUCACACACUGUCUGGAGAUCAGUACCCAUCCGAGUUGCAGCUUACCCUGGGAGCAGUGAUUGUUGAAGAAAUGAGAGCUGCUGUGGAGAAAGACACAGGGUUCCGUUGUUCAGCAGGGAUAGCUCACAAUAAGGUGCUGGCCAAAUUAGCAUGUGGACUAAACAAGCCAAACCGACAAACAAUUCUGCCUAUGGACUCUGUGCCUGAGCUGUUCAGUUCACUGCCCAUCAGUAAAAUCCGUAACCUUGGGGGAAAACUUGGCACAUCUAUUACUGAAACCUUGGGGAUAGAGAAUAUGGGAGAGCUCACACAGUUUUCACAAGCUCAACUGGGGCAACACUUCGGUGAGAAGACCGGCCAGUGGCUAUAUGAUCUGUGCAGAGGGAUUGAAUUUGAACCAGUGAAGCCUCGGCACCUCCCCAAGUCCAUCGGUUGCAGUAAGAAUUUUCCAGGAAAAACUUCAUUGGCUACAAAGCAGCAGGUGCAAUAUUGGCUUCAUCAACUGGCUCUGGAGCUGGAGGAAAGGCUGACUAAAGACAGGGAUACGAAUGGAAGGGUGGCGAAACUUCUAACUGUCGGAGUACGUCAACUUGGGGACAAGAGGCCAAGCAGUUUCUCACGCUGUUGUGCUUUGGUCCGAUAUGAAGCAAGCAAACUUUCAAGUGACAGUUUUUCAAUCAUUAAGAGCCUAAACACAGCUGGAAACCAACAAGAAACCUGGUCUCCACCCCUGACGUUGCUUCACCUGUCAGCGAGCAAAUUCAAUGAUGCACCAUCUUCCGGAGGCAUUGCUGGCUUCCUUUCUAGUGAUGUCUCUGCUACACAGGAUCUUUUCGCCUCCACUCAACCCACAACCCAAGUAUCCUCUGAAGUGAAAAAUGGCACAGCGCCCAAGAGACCAGGAAGUAUUCAGUCCUUGUUUGAAAAAGCUGCUGAGAAACAAAAACAUCAACUGUCACUACAGGCAGAAGAGAGAGGAGAGAAUGAACCUAGAGCUGCCACUCAAAUUGCUCGGACCUUUGUUUCUCAGAGCAUGCUUACUAAUGAGGGUCAGAGAAGUUGCAAUUAUAGUCGAGCUAACCCCAAAACUAGCAUUUCUUCAUUCUUCCAGAAGAAACAAAUGGAAAGAAGCAUACAACCAAUGAAUCCAGAAACUAUAUUGUGUGUUGAUCCUGUUUAUGAAAGUAAUUCUGCAGUUUCAGUUUUAAAACCUACAGAUGUGAUUGUUCACAAUAACAGUUUUGUAAAUUCUUUUGAUGAUUUUAAAAGCCAAAAUGAAAAUGGUAAUUUGCUCACCACUUUUUCGAGUAAAUCUGAUAUUCAGUCCUGUGUCCCAGCUGUGGUUGACAAAGAAGACUUGUGUCCGUGUGAAAAGUGUGGAAAAGAGGUCUUGGUUUGGGAAAUGCCUGAACACAUGGACUUUCACUUUGCUAUGGAUCUCCAGAGCUCAUUUUCAUCCUCUCCUUCAGCCUCCUCUGCAUCAGUUUUUCAAACACCCCAGAAGUUAGGCUUAGCAGGUGGAAAAACAAAAAGCAAAAGUCUAACGGGACCACAAGCCAAACGAUCUCGAUCUGGUGGGAGCACGGGGACAUUAGAUUGUUUUUUUAAUAAAAGCUAACAUGUGUGGGCUUUUUAUGUUAUUUUAUUUACUCCAAAUAUGCUUUUAUGCAUCAUGAAUAUGUAUAUUGUAUUUUAUGUAUGGAUAAGAUAAAGAACUAUAAAGCACUUAAUAAA